AUGGCUUCAGAACGAAUCGCUUGGAUUGGCCUGGGUAACAUUGGCCGGGGCAUGAGCCGAAACAUCGCCCUGAAAGGCCCUCAGACCUCACCUCUGAUCAUCUACAACCGCACCAUAUCCAAAUCCGCUGCAUUCGCAGAAUCUCUCGGCUCUAACAGCAAAGUCACCAUUGUAUCGUCGGUCUCCGACGCGGUUCAACAAGCCACCAUCACCUUCAUCUGCGUCGGUGACGAUGCCGCCCUCGACCAGAUCAUCAACGCCGUCAUCUCUGAUUCCUCUGUCGACCUGACCUCCAAGGUCAUCGUUGACUGCUCCACCGUGCACCCCGACACCUCGCGACGCAUCCACACCACGCUCUCCGCGCGCCAGGCUUCCUUUAUCGCCUGUCCCGUCUUUGGCGCCCCCAACGCCGCAGACGCAGGUCAAAUGAUCGUCGUCCCAGCAGGUGACGCUGACGUGAUUGCCCGAUUGACCCCGUUCUUCGACGGUGUCACCUCCAAAGCCAUCCUGGAUAUACCGGGUGACGACGUCGGUCGCGCCCCGGCCCUCAAGCUCCUGGGUAACACGUUCAUCUUGAAUACCAUCGAGACCGUAGCCGAGGGUCUAGUCGCCGCGGAGAAAUCCGGAGUAGGCGUCCAGACUUAUCGUCAGUGGUUGCAUAUGUUCCUCCCCGGCCCGUUUGCCAAAUACGCCGACCGCAUGGUCGAAGGCGACUACUGGAAUCGCGAGGAGCCGCUGUUCGCUGUCGACUUGGCUCGUAAGGACCUGCGUCAUGCAUCUAGUGUGGCAGGUAAGGGAGGGGUGCGUAUGCGUAGCGUCGAGGUCACGGAUGAGUAUUUGAAGCAGGUUAAAGCGCAGAGGGGCGAGAAAGGGGAUAUUGCAGGACUUUACGGGGCGAUUCGGAAGGAGUCGGGACUGGAAUUUGAGAAUUAA